AUUAAUAUCGGUAAUCAACAACUUAAAAUGGGGGGAAAAAAGUCACAGAAUUAACAUUGGCUCAAACUUCAAUCAAUGCAAACUAAAACUAGGCCAACCGAGUACAGAACGAAUAUACCAAUCAGAACGAGGAACCUCUAGAUAAACCAAUGAAUGAUGAAUGGAGAAAAGAAUACGACAAGUUGGCCUCAAUAAAGUGAACGUGGUGAUAAUGUUUUUCUUUGUCCUGUAAAUAACAUCACUGAUUCGUUUAAACAUCUCUGUUUUCGUUCCUUUAGCUCUAUCAAAGACAAUAUUUAUUCCUUUUCAUGAUCAUACAGGAAUUUUGUGGUGGGAAAAAAAAAAAAAAAGCUCUUACUGUUAGUACCGCGGCGAUAUAGUUUGUUUUCGAGACGCAGCGAGCCGCGUUCAGAAUGUAACGUCCAAUCAAGAAACGAUGUUCACGGAUAGACCAAUCGUCGUGCACAGGGCUAAAUUUGCGCUGACGCUGUCCUAUAUAAGCUUGACUCGGUCGAGCGCUGAGACAUUCUUGAUCUCAAUCAAGUCGCUCGAAACUUCGCAAUGGCUAGAACCAAGCAAACCGCUCGUAAAUCCACUGGUGGUAAGGCACCACGUAAACAGCUGGCCACCAAGGCUGCAAGGAAAUCAGCACCAGCUACCGGAGGUGUUAAGAAGCCCCAUCGUUACAGGCCCGGCACUGUCGCCCUGAGAGAAAUCCGUCGUUACCAGAAGAGCACUGAGCUUCUGAUCCGCAAACUGCCAUUCCAACGUUUGGUCCGUGAGAUCGCUCAAGAUUUCAAGACUGACCUGCGCUUCCAGAGCUCUGCAGUUAUGGCUCUCCAAGAGGCCAGCGAGGCUUACCUUGUCGGUCUCUUUGAAGAUACCAACUUGUGUGCCAUCCACGCCAAGCGUGUCACAAUCAUGCCCAAGGACAUCCAGCUUGCCAGACGUAUUCGUGGUGAGCGUGCUUAAGCAAACUCCUCCCUCUUUGCCCCAAAACAGCCAUCAACGGUCCUUUUUAGGACCAACACAUAUUCCUAAAUUAGCUUUUGAGUUGACGUUAUGUCAUUUAUUGCCACCACACACCACCGGAGCUCUAAUAUAUGUAUACAUUUUGCAUG